AUGAAGGCGGGGAGGAAGAACCUGCGGCGGGCGUGCGACGAGGGCGCCGCCGUCACUCUCGCCGAGGGCGAGAGCAUCAUGCAGGUCCUCACGCUGCGCGGCUCCAACGUCAUCGAGGUGAUGGACGGCGAGGGCGUCAAGUCCCUGGCCUUGUUCCCUGCCAAGUUCCAAAAGAGCUUCUGGAUCAAGAACGGGAGUUUCGUGGUUGUGGACGCUAGUGGGAGGGAUCAGGCUCUGGAAUCGGGUAGCAAGAUUGCGUGUGUUGUCUCGCAAGUCCUCUUCCACAAACAAGUUCGGGCUCUGGAGAAGACUGGUAGCUGGCCAGCUAUUUUCAACUCAACUCCAAAUGAAGCUUCAGAGGCGGGAACAGAAGCACAAACUUCCGAGGUUGAUGAGGGACCAGAUUCUGAUGAAGAUGACGAUCUUCCACCACUUGAAGCAAACACGAACAGGAAUAGACCAUAUGAAUUGUAUUCUGAUUCAGACAGUGGUUCUGAUGCUUAA